CGCUCGCGCAAUCCGCGCGGCCUGCAGAGAAGCGUCUGGCUGUCGAGUUGUGGGAGUGCCGCGGGGGAGGCGCUGGGCCAAAGGAGCCCGGAAGCCUGGCGGGCGGCCGGGGGAGGGCGCGCAUCUUGGCGGAGGUGCGAGCACGGGCCGCACGUGUGUCCGCUCGCCGCGGCAGCCGCUGCGUUCGCCGGUUCUGGCCGCGGUCACCUGAGACCAGGCGGCCCCUAGCGCUAAACCGGCCGCGGCUCCGAGAGGCCCUCCUCUCGCCUGCCUGAGCUCCGGCCUUGGCCGGCCUGGGAGCCUCGCAGUUGGCCGCACCGGCCUUUUCCGCGCCGGUGAUUGGCCUUAUUCGAAGGAGGAUUUCGGUGGACGUUAGGGGACCGAGAGGGGCUCCUGUGAGAGACCGAAGUUUCCGUCCCCACAGGCCUGUCCUCGCUGAAAAGAGAUUGCGUCAGAGCCCCCGCACCCCAGAAACGAGUCAGGCCUUCAGGCGUCUCGGGCAGCCGAAAUCUCUGCCGAGAGGCGACAGACACAUCCUACCGGAGAGCUCCUACUGCUCUAACUAGAGCGUUAGGGCAAAAAUCGCAAAGCCUGGGGAAACGGGCACAUCUUAGAGCUGCUGGGGCCAGUGGGAGUUUCUUACCCUCAUGGGUUUGCGGGGGAGGCUUGGCCUGUUUGGUCCCAAGCCUAGUGGAGAGAUGCGAGGGAGGUGCAGCUUGGAAAGACAGGAAGGGCACCCCAGGAGAGGGUGUGUGAAGGUAGCAGGAGCUGAUUAACUUUUUUCCUACAAUCUUGCUGGACUGCUUAGUCUAUGUCCUGCAAGGUGGACUUGAUUUUCAUGGUUUUUUCGCUUUCUCUAACUCUACUUUUCCAGGAAUCUAUCCUUCUUGAGAGGAGGAAAUGACCAAGUUCCAGGCAUUUCACGCACAUUGAAAGUCAUUCAAAGCUGUUACAUGCUCAGUCCAGUGCCAAGUGGUCUCAGGAAAACAAAUAGAAUUAUAAACUACAGUGCUGGGCUUCCCUGGUGGCGCAGUGGUUGAGAGUCCGCCUGCCAGUGCAGGGGACACGGGUUCGUGCCCCGGUCCAGGAAGAUCCCACAUGCCGCGGAGCCUGUGUGUCCGGAGCCUGUGCUCCGCAACGGGAGAGGCCACAACAGUGAGAGGCUCGCGUACCGAUAAAAAAAAAACAAAAAAACUACGGUGCUUUUCUUCAUGAGCAGGUGAUGUAUAUGAAAAAAGGAAUGGUCAACUACUUAGUUUAGAAGAAGAAAGGACAUAUGAUUUAUAUGACUAGGGAAAAAAUUGAGAUCAGAAGUGUACUUUGGCUGAGAGGAAAAAAGAGGAAGGAUCAAAGGAUGGUGAUCUUGAUAAAGCAGAUGUCGUGGAGGAGGAAGAGGAGAAAAAAUAGGAAGAUGUUUUUAAGGAACCAGUAACCUUCAAGGAUGUCUCUGUGGAUUUCACCGAGGAGGAGUGGGGUUGCUGGACCCUGCUCAGAGGAAGCUGCACACAGCUGUGAUGCUGGAAGACUACAGUCACUUGGUCUCAGUGAGAGACUUGAAUGAAAAUUCUGUGGAGAAUCAACAGAAAGGACUUAGGUUAUCUCUUACCUGAAUAGCUUUCCUCCUGGCAAAUAUUGGAAGAGAUGUCCAGUACAAUAACUGGGAGUCAGGAUUAAAUUGUGACUUCAGUGUACAGGAACCCUGAACUAGAUGUUCCCCCUUGUCAAAAGUGGGGAGAAGCAUCUUCUCAUAUUUCCAAAAACAAAAGCAGUUUGGUGACUCUUCAGAGUGAUGAUUUAAAAAACAUGGAAAGUGAAGAAUAUUUGUCUUUGAAAGUCCCAAGCCAAAUGGCCACACAGGACUCAGUGACCUUCUGUAAGAAUGAGCCCCAAGAUCCUCAGGAAAGCAAAAGUCUGUUUCUAACUGAAGAAAGCACUGAGAGGAAAAUCUCAGAGAGCAAAAGUCCUCCCAUCGACCAUUGUUCAGAGAACCUUCAAAAUAAACUUGUGUCUGAUGUAAAAGAAGUGGUCUCGCCCUCAUUCAGAGGUGAGACAAUAUGCCAGAUUGGCCAGUCGAAAGAAUCCUUGGAUCCCUUUGACUGUAAACACAAGGACAUUUGUGGUUGGAAGUCAUGGGUGAUCAGUUGUAGUCAUCAGAGAGCUCAUGCAGAGGUGAAGCCCUGCACCCAUUAUGACUGUGGGAAAAUACGUACCACCAGCCCAGGUGGUCACCCAGGUGAGAAAAUCCACACUGCUGAGAAACUAUACAGAUGUAGUCAGUGUGGUAGGGACUUCAGUGAGCGCUCAGAGCUAGUCCUUCAUCAGAGGGACCACACAGAAGAAAAGCCCUACAGAUGUGAUCAGUGCGGGAAGGGCUUCACGAGAAGCUCAAGUCUCCUUAUCCACCGCGAAGUCCAUGCAGAUGAGAAGCCUUAUAAGUGCGACAAGUGUGGGAAGGGCUUCACGAGGAGUUCAAGUCUGCUCAUUCAUCACUCAGUCCACACAGGCGAGAAGCCUUACAAAUGUGACAAGUGCGGGAAGGGCUUUACUCAGAGCUCCAAACUGCAUAUCCACCAGCGAGUGCACACUGGAGAGAAGCCCUAUGAGUGCGGGGAGUGUGGUAUGAGCUUCAGUCAGCGCUCCAACCUGCACAUCCACCAGCGCAUCCAUACGGGGGAGAGGCCCUACAAGUGUGGAGAGUGUGGGAAGGGCUUCAGUCAGAGUUCAAACCUUCACAUCCACCGAUGCUCACACACGGGGGAGAAGCCUUACCAGUGCUAUGAGUGUGGGAAGGGCUUCAGCCAGAGCUCAGACCUCCGCAUCCACCUCAGAGUCCACACUGGGGAGAAGCCCUAUCACUGCGGCAAGUGCGGGAAGGGAUUCAGCCAGAGCUCCAAACUCCUCAUCCACCAGAGAGUCCACACUGGAGAGAAGCCCUACGAGUGCAGCAAGUGUGGGAAGGGCUUCAGCCAGAGCUCCAACCUCCACAUCCACCAGCGGGUCCACAGGAAAGAUCCCCAUUAAAUGAGGUCUUCAAUCACAUGCUUGUACUCUGAAGACUUAAAUAUUUUUAACAUCACUCUUAGUUUUAUAUUCUCAGGAUAUAGUAAGAGUUAUUCAGAUAACUUCCCUCACUGGAAAAUCAUUUAAAGUAUUUAACUACCAAGCACUUUGUUAUGCUACACAGUGAAUUGAUUGCCCUUGUUCCUCAGAUGGGUAGAGUGAAAAUGUCUAUACUGUGCUGUUCAGUCAGUGUUACUAGAACUACAUACCCUACCCAGCAUUUUUAAGUGCAAGAACCUUGUAUUUCUCCAAGCAGAACAUGUUUCCUUUGUUCACAUUCUCUGAGAAAUUGGAACUUUGGCUUCUCUUCAAAUCACGUGCCUUGUGUUUUCCUAUUUCCUUCCAGCCCUGAGUAGCCCUCUCCAAAUUCUGGUUAUACAAUAUGUUAGUUUUAGGUUGAGGGGGUGGUUGGAGGUAUAGUGGGCAUGGAAAUCUGUUAUUGCACACACGUACUACAGCCUGUGGCCUCACAGGAACGUGGAGAAGAGCUACUCGUGCAGUACACCCCACACACUACAGGAUGUGGGACCCCUCCCCCUCCUCCCCACAAGGCAACUGCUCAAGAACAUAAGUAGUUCUUUUUCCUGGGUGCAGCUAGUCUGUUGGGGUGCUUCCAGGUCUUGCCAUCUCAGAUGACACCCCCACCAAAUUAAAGCCAAGUAGGGUACCUACACCAUGUUGAAACAUGUUAAAUGAAGUUGAAAUAUAUUUAAAUGUAUUUAAUUUGUCUCUCAACACUGAACCUCUCUUAUUUCCUUAAAUUUCUUCACCGUCCAUGUUCUGAACCAAACAAAGGAGUCAGGAGAGGGAGUUCUGAUAUUUUUCUCUUCAGACUCAACUUGUUUUAAUAUUUCAUAUACCCCCAAAAAGUCAUUUGUAUUUGCAGCAUCAUUAUUGAACCAGACUUGGGUCUGCUUGCCCAUGCACAAUAAAGCCAAUCUACUUACACUGGGUUGUGAAGGAGGUGCACCAUUUAUUGCAGGGCACCAAACAAGGGGUCCAAGCAGCUAGUGCUCAAAAGGCCUAAACUCCCUGAUGGCUUUCAGGGAAAGAGUUUAAAAGGGUGAGGAAGGGGGGACUGGGGUGCAUGAUCAGCUCGUGGACAUUCUUCUGAUUGGUUGGUGGUGAGUUAAUCGAGAGUCAACAUUGUCAGCCUUCUGUUUCCAUCCUUUCUGGGGUCUAAUUGCUUGUGGGCAGCAUACAGUUAACUUCUUCCACCUGGUGGCAGAUUCAGUAUCUGCAAAACAGCUCAAAGGACAUUGCUCAGAAUAUUAUCUAUAGCCCUUCAGGAGGAACUAUAGGUCCUUGACUUUAUUUAAUGGCUAAACUAUUGUUAUUUUGUCUUGCUUGACUGUUUUCCUUUCUUUCUGCAUUUUCUCACUUCUCUGAUUAAAUUUACUCUUUGGAACUCUGA